AUGAUGGACAUGGCAGACUACAGCGAGGCCUUGGACCCAGCCUACACCACGCUGGAGUUUGAGAACAUGCAAGUGCUUUCCAUGGGCACUGAUGCGUCCCCCACGGAGAGCUCCGCCAUGAGUGGGGGCGGGGGGCACCUGGCGGCCGGAAGCCUGUGUGCCAUCUGUGGAGACCGGGCCACAGGCAAACACUACGGGGCCUCCAGCUGUGACGGCUGUAAAGGCUUUUUCAGACGCAGCGUCCGCAAGAACCACAUGUACUCUUGCAGGUUCAACAGACAGUGCAUUGUGGACAAAGACAAGAGGAACCAGUGCAGAUACUGUAGACUCAAGAAAUGCUUCAGAGCUGGAAUGAAAAAAGAAGCUGUUCAGAAUGAGAGAGACCGCAUCAGCACGCGCAGGUCCAGUUAUGAGGACAGCAGUUUACCCUCCAUCAACGCACUGAUCCAGGCUGACGUGCUCUCCAGACAGAUCACGUCCCCGUCCCCCAUCCUCAGUGGGGACAUCAGGACGAAGAAGCUGGCGUCCAUCUCAGACGUGUGCGAGUCCAUGAAGCAGCAGCUGCUGGUGCUGGUGGAGUGGGCCAAGUACAUUCCAGCUUUCUGCGACCUUCCACUUGAUGACCAGGUGGCUCUGCUGAGAGCACACGCAGGAGAACAUCUGCUGCUUGGAGCAGCCAAGAGAUCCAUGCUCUACAAAGACAUUCUACUCUUAGGGAACGACCACAUCAUCCCUCGGAACAGUCCGGAGCUGGAGGUGGGCCGUGUGGCGGUGAGGAUCCUGGACGAGCUGGUGCUCCCUUUUCAGGAGCUGCAGAUCGACGACAACGAGUUCGCCUGCCUCAAAGCCAUCGUCUUCUUCGACCCAGACGCCAAGGGCCUCAGUGACCUGGGAAAGAUCAAGCGCAUGAGGUACCAGGUACAGGUCAGCUUGGAGGACUACAUCAAUGACCGGCAGUACGACAGCAGGGGGCGCUUCGGGGAGCUGCUGCUGCUGCUGCCCACGCUCCAGAGCAUCACAUGGCAGAUGAUAGAGCAGAUUCAGUUCGUCAAGCUCUUUGGGAUGGUCAAGAUCGACAACCUGCUGCAAGAGAUGCUGCUGGGAGGAUCAGCGUCUGAAGCCACACACGCCCCUCACUCUCUGCACCCUCACCUGGUCCAGGAACACCUCAGCACCAACGUGAUCGUGAGCUCCGUGCCCACUGCCCUCCACAACGCACACAUCUCCACUCCAGAAACCCCGAUCCCGUCUCCUCCCACCACCUCCAGCUCAGAACUCUUCAAAAUGGCUCCUGGCGUCAUAGCAACGGUUCCCAAACAGGGAACCUCCAUCCCACAGUCCACCAUCACCAAACAAGAGGCCAUCUGA